AAACAAUAACAAUUUAGAAAAGGUAUAAAUAUUGAAAUUUAUCACAAAAUCAAAGUAGUUCAUCAUUUUCAUCUUUUGCAAACGGAUACGCAAUACAAAAGAAAUUUAAGAUGAAAGCCGGACUUUUACUUGUCAUAUUCAGUCUUGUAGCUGUUGCUCAAGCCAAGAAAUACGAACUGUCAUGUUCGAAAUCGGAACUUAGCAUACGUUGGCCUAGCUAUGAAAGCAACUCGGAAUAUUAUAUAUGUCCUCGUUUAUUUGGCAAACAAAUGACUGUUACCUGUAAUCCCGGUGAAGUGUUUACUUUCGCUUUGCAAAUGUGUACCGCACCCAAUCAAUAUAUACCAGCUCCUGAGUUAAAGGCUUUGCCAACAGCUGCUCCUUUGGCCAGCAAACCCAAUAAAGAUGGCUAUCUUACACCCUUGGAAAUUCAUAAUAUUCCCCAUCCACCUGUAAUGAACCCAUUGAAACCUUCACCAGUAAUUGAUGCGCUUGCUCCACAUCCCCAAAUUAUGCCAUUUGAAAUCCCCAAGGUUCCAGUGGCUGCUGUAGAAACACCCAAACACGAAGAAACCAAACCAGUCAUAAAAGAAGAACCUGUCGUGACAGUUGUAGAUGCUUCUCCCAAACCUUUGGCACCAUUGCCCCCAACUCCUGCACCCACACCUCCAGUUGUUGAAAACGAGUCUAGCAAGAAACCAAUUACCGCUUCUGGUAAAAAGCCCACCGCCAACAAAAAGAAGUCUUCGGCUAAGCCCAGCAAGAAUGGCAAACAAAAGCCCAAAGCCAAAAAGUCUCCCAAGAAAAUGGACAAAAAACCAAAAGCCCCAGCCAAGAAAUCGCCAAAGCCAAAAGCUUAAGCUAUUAGUAUUACAAUGAGUUCAAUACAUUUUUAUUUCAUGUUGUAUCUUCUAUAAUAUAAAAUAAAUACAAGCGGAGAUAAGCUGUAAUAUUAACUGGAAUACAAUAUAUACUAUAUCUACUAUA